AUGUAUUGCUCGUACUACUCGUCCAAAUUUGACAUUCGAAAGAGUUCACUAUUUUUAGAAAGGCCACAAAGCAAGUACAAAGUAACAUAUAUAGACAAAUACAAAAGAGAAACAAACAAGCAUGCGCCGGCAAACAAUACCACAACCCACGAUCAGCGACAUACCGGAAGCGACUAUGGAGGCGCAAUCACCCUACGCACAGGAAGUCAACAGGGUAGCGAUGAGAAUUCCAGAAUUCACGUUAGCCGAUCCAGAACUAUGGUUCCGCAUCUUAGACCGAAAUUUCCAAGCAGCAGGCAUCACAUUAGAGGAAACAAAAUUCGGCCACGCACUAACAGCACUUGGCCCGCAAUACACCAUGGAAGUACGCGACAUAGUUAUGAAUCCUCCUGAGGAAAGGCAAUACGAAACGUUACGCACCGAGUUAAUAAAACGCCUGAGCGCAACACAGGAGCACAAAACAAGGCAACUACUCGAACACGAAGAAAUAGGCGACCGCAAACCAUCGCAGUUCCUGCGACACCUUCGCAACCUAGCCGGAAAAGCCGUGGGUGAACAGGUCGUAAGGACCAUUUAGCUCAGCCGCCUUCCAAUCUUUCU